AUGUUUUGGUCUAAGCGACCCGAAACUUUCAAUGCUCCUCGUCAAUUUGUAGGGAAUUUUAAAUGCGAAAGGAAUUUAUAAGAAUUAGAGGAAUUUCCAUCGAAUUUCAUUAAAACAUCAAGGUAAGUAAUCAUGUGAAGUGUAGAUAUAAUGUGGUAACUUUUCUACCGAAAUCGUUACUCUUACAAUUUACUCGAUAUGCGAACAUCUACUUUUUGUGCAUAGCAAUUAUUUAAUGUAUUCCAGUGCUUUCAACAUUAAACCCUUUCAGUGCAAUAGCCCCUCUAGUUUUUGUGUUAGGUUUAUCUAUGGCUCGUGAAGGUAUGAAAAAUGACAUCAAAUUUUAGGGUGGGAAGAUUACGGGCGACACGUAUCAGACAAUGAAGUGAACUCGACGGAAUGUAUAAUCCUGAAAUCGAGAGUGCCGACAAAGUAAUGAAAUUACACAAUAGAUAGUUCAACUUGGGCGGAAUUAUCUGUGGGAGAUUAUGUUAUGGUGAAGAAGGACGAGAGUUUUCCUGCUGAUCUCAUAGUGCUUUCAAGUGCAAUUCCAAGUGGGGCUUGUUACAUCGAGACAUCUUCGUUGGAUGGAGAAAAAAAUUUAAAACCAAAGAGUGCCAUUUUGGAGAGUCAAUAGCUCUAUCAGGAAAUGGAAAAUUAUAGCGAAGAAGCAAUACGUGUGGAAGCAUAGGUUCCUACUUAAAAUCUAUAUGAAUUGGAUGCUUCGUUGUUUUUGCCAAUUGGUAAUGGUUAGUAGAAAAAGUUUUAGUUAACAGCUAAGUAGUUAUUGUUAAGAGGUGCAUUCCUCAGAAAUACUGAAUGGAUUAUAGGGUUAGUUGUUUAUACAGGAUAGGAUACUAAAAUCAUGAGGAAUGCUGAUGCCUCAAGAGUAAAGUCGAGUGAAAUCGAAAGAAUUAUGAACAUUCUUAUUUUGGGAAUUCUGGUGGUGCAAAUCACUUUGUCGAUCAUCACGGCUUCCUUUUCAUCGGCUUGGCUCCAUAAUUAUGGGGGUGAUAGUUGGUAUUUGGAAUACACUGACUUUUAACCGAACUUGCUCAGUUUUUAUGCGUUUUUCAGUUAUAUUUUAUUAUAUAAUACAAUGAUUCCUAUAUCAUUGAUAGUUAGUUUGGAAUUCGUUAAAGUGUUCCAAGCUUACUUUAUUGAAUAAGACGAGGAGAUGUAUGUAGCUCAGAGGAACAAAUUCGCUAAAGUGUAAACUACAACCAUUAAUGAAGAGUUAGGACAAGUGGAAUAUAUCUUCUCUGACAAAACUGGCACUUUGACCUGCAAUCAAAUGGAAUUCAAGUAUUGUAUUAUUGGAAACGUACUCUACGGCAAGGAACAAUCAAACACAAACAAUCCAGUAUAUAAUGUAGAUCUAAAAAGACAGCAAACCGCUAAAGUACAUCCUGAAAGUGAGGUGUUCCAGCACUCCGUCUUCAAUUUCCAAGAUGCUGAAUUGAGUGCCAUUCUCAAAGGCGACGGAUCCACAGGUGAUAUGCCGGUGAACCUUAGAAUUGCAUCCCAAGAUGGUAAAUAAUAAGUGACUCUUUCUAAUCAGCGAGAUUUAAUACAAGAAUACUUCUUCCUACUCUCCUCAGCUCAUGAAUGCAUCAUACAAUAUGAUAAAAAUUAAAAUGCUUCCUAUCAAGGUCCAUCUCCAGAUGAGAUCACUCUUGUAGAUGCAGCAGCCAGAUUAGGAUUUCAAUUCACAGGGGCUUCAGCAAGUGAGUAGUGUUUCAAGAUUUUGGGCAAGGAGAAAAAAGUCAAGUUGCUCAAAUCCUUUGAAUUUGAUUCCACUCGAAAGCGAAUGAGUGUCAUAAUCGAUGACAAUGGAAUCAUAAAAUUAUACAUCAAAGGAGCAGACAAUAUCAUCAAAGAUAGACUAUUGCCUAAUUAACCAUUUCUGAAUGAGAUUACUAAUUAUUUAGAUGACUUUAGUAAAAUUGGUUUGAGAUGUCUACUCAUGGCUUCAAGAGUGUUAUCUCAUCAAGAAUACCAAGAUUUCGAUCAUGCCUAUAAUAAUUUACCAGAUAAUGACACUAGAGCAAGCGAACUAGGUAAUUUUGUAUUACAAAAUAGAAAAACUAACAAGUAACUUGGAAAUGUAACUCACUUUGUUGGGAGCGUCUGCAGUUGAAGAUAAACUCUAACCUUUAGUCCCAGAGACUAUUGCGGACUUAUUAAAGGCCAACAUAAAGGUGUGGAUGUUAACAGGGGAUAAACUGGAGACGGCAGAAAAUAUUGCCAAGAGUUGCAGAUUGAUUUAAGGAGAUUUUACAGUGAUGAGAUUGUCAGUGCCCUCUGUGGAUGAAUGUAAAAAGAAAUUAGGAGAUAUCUAAGAUACUUAUGAUCUAUGUAUUAAAGAGAAUAGAAAAAAAGUAUUUAAACAUCCUAUUGUAGUCAAUAGUAGUUGAAGGAGCCUCCUUAUAGUUUGUAAUAGAUAACGAAGAUUUAGCCUAGGCCUUUGUUAGUAUGGCAAAGGAUUGUGAAAGCAUUGUGUGUUGCAGAGUUACUCCAAAAUAGAAAGCUGAUGUGGUCAGAUUAAUUAAAGACAGAUUGAACAAGAUCACUUUGGCCAUUGGGGAUGGAGCCAAUGAUGUCAAUAUGAUUCAGGCUGCACACAUAGGAGUUGGUCUUUAUGGAAAUGAAGGAAUGAGGGCAGUUUAAAGUAGUGAUUUUGCUUUGGGAGAAUUUAGAUGUUUAUGGAGGCUAUUACUAGUACAUGGACAUUGGAAUUACAUAAGAAUUGCAGAGAUGGUGCUGUAUUUCUUUUACAAAAACAUGAUAUUCACCGUGCCCCAAUUCUUCUUUUCCUACUUCUGUGCCUUCUCAGGGUAGUCUUUCUUUGAUGAUUGGUACAUCACUUUCUAUAAUCUUAUCUUUACAGCACUGCCACUAAUUAUGAGAGGCACAUUUGAUUAGGAUAUCAAUUAUAGGCAAUAUUGCUAAUACGACUCAAAGGAAGAGGUAGCCAAUGUGCAAAAGAAACAGGAAUAAUACUUAAGACUCAAGUUUCCAAGUCUCUAUUACGUUGGACAAAAUAAAACUAUUUUCACCAUCCCCAAUUAUUUACUCUGGGCUUUCAAUGGCUUGGUUCAUGGAAUGAUCAUAUUUUUCUUUGUACUUUGGAUCAUGGAUUUUGAGAUUGUAUAAAAUUCAGGAGAAUCAAGUGGUUUGGCUCCCUUCUCAUUGACUGUCUAUUCCUGCAUCAUUUUAGUAUACAUAAUUUAUAAAUAUUAUUUUAGAUUGCUGAUCUUAAAAUAGCUAUUCACACUAAAUUCUGGACUUGGUUUAAUUUCAUUAGUAUUACCCUUCUGUCUAUUCUACUUUACAUCCUAUACGUGAUCAUUUCGAAUUUCUGGCCUGGAACUUUGAUGGAAUAUACUCCAUUCACCAUGGUUGGCACUCCUCACUUCUGGUUGAGUUUAUUGCUAAUAGGGGCUAUAAUAGGAGGACUGGAGGCUAUACAGGCAGAAUUCAUAAGGGAAUUCUUUACUGACCCAGCUACAGAGAUGUUAAACAAAAUUAAAGUCUUUGAACAUAAUCUCAAUAAGUGGGUAGAAAAUUAAGAGAAGAUUGCAAGACAAGAUUCCUUUUGGGCUGGAAUUUACAAAUAAAAGGAGGCUGUUGAGGAAUAAGAGCUGGUGCGAUUUAGUGGAUCAUAACAAUGA